GCAUAGCGUUAGACAAUCGCUCGACAUUCGGCUUAUCAGUAAUUCACUCGGAUAUCCUUAUCCGCUCGCACACCGACACAUCGGCUCACCCCUCAUUCUUGCCAACAGCCUCCUUUCCCCAGCAAUUGAUGUACUACCAGAACUCGGGAUAUUCGCAGGGUUGGUCCGGCGGUUACCCUCCUCCUUCUCAUCAAGGGAGCUGGGGUCCGCCGCCUCCACACCACAACCAAUAUCCCCCUAGUCCACAAUACUAUCCUCCUGCAGGAGGACCCCCUCCAGGACCUCCGCCAGGACAUCAAUACUCUCCUCCCCCCGGUCCUCCGCCAGGCCACCAGUAUCCUCCGCCGUCCGGCCCGCCUCCGUCUCACCACUACUCCUCAUCGGGUGGCUAUCCAGCCUACCCCUCCCCGGCCCCGUCGCCCUACGGCCACCCUCACACUCCGACCCCGCCACCACAAUCCUCAUCCCCAGGCCACACCCGAUCCUACCACAGCCACUCCCAAUCAUGGGGCUCCCUCCCCCCCCGCCCACCGCAGGAGGCCCAGCAGUUCGGCAAGGGCGCCCCCUCCAACUACCGGUUCCAGUACUCGACCUGCACGGGGCGGCGCAAGGCGCUGCUGAUCGGCAUCAACUACAUCGGCCAGCCGAACGCCCUGCGCGGCUGCAUCAACGACGUGACCAACAUGUCGACCUUCCUGAACGAGAAGUACGGCUACCGGCGCGAGGACAUGGUCAUCCUGACCGACGACCAGCAGAACCCCAUGAGCCUGCCCAACAAGGCCAACAUCCUGCGCGCCAUGCAGUGGCUGGUCAAGGAUGCGCAGCCGAACGAUUCGCUGUUCAUUCACUUUUCGGGCCACGGAGGUCGCACGCCUGAUCUUGACGGCGACGAAGAGGAUGGGUAUGACGACGUAAUCUACCCCCUCGACUACCGCACCGCCGGCCACAUCGUCGACGACGACAUGCACGAUAUAAUGGUCCGCCCCCUCCAACCAGGCGUCCGCCUCACCGCCAUCUUCGACUCAUGCCACUCCGGCACCGCCCUGGACCUGCCCUACGUCUACUCAACGCAGGGGAUCCUCAAGGAACCCAACCUGGCCAAGGAGGCGGCGAUGGAUCUGUUCAGCGCCUUCCAGUCCUACGGCAAGGGCGACCUGAGCAGCGUCGCGCAGACGGCGAUCGGCUUCUUCAAGAAGGCCGCCAACGGCGACACCGCGCGCCAGCGCACGAUGCAGACCAAGACCUCGCCGGCGGACGUGGUCAUGUUCUCCGGAUCGAAGGACACGCAGACUUCGGCUGACACCUUCCAAGACGGCGAGGCGCGCGGCGCGCUGAGCUGGGCCUUCAUCAAGACGCUCCAGCAGCGGCCCAACCAGAGUUACCUGCAGCUGCUGAAUUCGAUCCGCAACGAGCUGGAGGGCAAGUAUACGCAGAAGCCGCAGUUGAGUUGUAGUCAUCCGCUUGAUACCAAUUUGCUUUUCGUGAUGUGAGAUGCGAUGGAUUUAAGGUGGUAUUGCAUAUGGGUUGGAGUGAGCGAUUCUUCUGUUCUAUUCAGUUAUUAUA